CAUUGUCACAACAGAUUAGUGAAUGAAAUCGAGAAAACAAAACUGAAACGCUCGGAUGUCGGACUGGAAAUGAGAUGAACACCGACGCUUAAUUGUCGCAAGCAAACAACCAAACAAAACAAAGAUUAGAAAAAUAAUUUCGAUUCGCUCAGAAGCAGAGCAAAGCAGUGGAAAAAAGCCAGUGCAAUUGGAACGAUUACAGCGAUUAAACAUGAAUUAUACAAAACUGGGGAUGCGUUCAUUGGCGAUCGGAUUAAUUCUGGCCAUUGCAAUACUGCCUCAAACAUUGGGAGCCAGCCCGUAUAGUCGCCGCCACCUAAUUAACAGCGAGGAAGAUGAGCUACGCAUCAUUAGCCAGUUCUACAAUUACGUGGAUGUCAUAACCGGUGUCAAAUUGGACAACAUGUUGAAAUUAACCCAACACUUUGUCCAGCAGCUAUUGGACUCCAUACCACCGGAAGAUCAUGGCAAUACGGCGGCAAUGCUACAAGAUUACAUUCAUAAAUCGGAAGAUCUACGUCAUCGCCCCGGCAGCAUUGAGGAGAAGGAGAAACUCCUCAUGGAAUUGCAACAGCUCAUCGCAACCAUUAAAAGUGGCCUUGCCAAGGAGGAAAGGGAAGAUAUCAUUCUACGACGUGGUCUCUUGGGUAUGUUUGAGCUACUGGCUCGUCUUUCCAUCGAGGAGCGGAAGUUCAAUGAUAAAUUCUCCAAAGCUGCCACAGUGCUGAGGGUCCAAAUGAGCGAAGAAAGUUUGGAACGCCGUCGUGAUCUCUUCGAGAUAUUGGAAGCUGUCCAACGUGAACAGGAUAUUGUUGUACGCGAACGACUGUUCGCUCAAUUCAAGGAGAUGCGUUAUUAUAAUACAAUCCAUUAGAAGUGAAAACAGCAAAUACGAGAUUUUGAUGUUAUGUAAAGAACAAUAAAGUGUAGUGCAUGGUGAGGAGCAACCCA